CACAGCCUAACCCCAGCUCCCUCGCUCUCUACGCGUCGACAGUUUUAUCAGAUUGAACCUCUGCUCGUCGUUUGUUCAUACUGCACUGCGCAAUGAGCUACUAUCCUCAGCAACCACCGCGUCAGAGCACUCACCGCCCUCACCGCAAGUCCUCGCAGAAGGCAACUCCCUACCCUCCCCAGCCGCCUCCUGUCGCUCCCCAUCCGCAUGGUGUCCCUCCUCAUGUUCAGCCAGGCCAGGCCCAAGCCCCGCAGAUUGACAAGCGCUUCGUCAGAAGGCCUGUUGAGCGAAAUAUCCCGCCAAAAGUUGAGGCUUUGAUUCCCGAGGCUAAGCUGUACAAAGACCUGCGCGAUGUCGAGCAAAGUAUGGAUGCCACCAUCAGUCGCAAGCGCUUAGACGUCGAAGACAUGCUCGCAAAGGGCACAAAGGAGCGCCGAAAACUACUUUUGGUCAUCUCAAAUACCGCCGUCGAUCAACCAUGGCAAACUGUUGAUCGACUAGACGAAAACGCUUUCGACUUUGACAUUGGCACGAUCCCGUCCUGGGUUCUCAACAUCACCGGCCGUCUGGUUGGUGAUGAAACGCCGGUAGACGAUCCCAAGCAUGUCUUGUUCACCUCCUACUUCCAGAGCAUCGCCGUCGAGCUCGAUCGCCCCAAAGAGCUCUAUCCCGAGGGCAACGUCGUCGUCUGGAGUUCGCAUACGAAGCCUGGAAUGCCACCUCAGCCGCCUACCGAUAACGUGGAGAUCAAGCGCAAGGGAGAUUCGGACGUCAACGCGCGAAUUUCCUUUUAUCUAAAAACCUCUCCCGAACGAUACAAACUCUCUCCGGCACUUUCCAACGUCCUCGGCGGUCUUCAAGAACAGACUCGACAAGAAGUCGUGAUGGGUCUAUGGCAGUACGUUAAGUUUCACGGCUUGCAAGACCCCGAUGAGAAACGUUCGAUCAGCCUAGACGACGGCUUGCGCGAGGUCUUCAACAACCAAGAGCGUCUUUCAUUCGCCCAGUUGAUCGACUACGUCGGUCCCCAUCUUCUCCCUCUGGACCCGGUUGUCGUUGACUUCACCAUCCGCGUCGAUAAAGACACAAUGGCGCGCGGCAACGAGAUGACGCGCGAAAUCACCGUCGAGGUCGACAGCCCCCGUCGCCAGCAACUCCAAGGCAUCCUAGCAAACUGGUACGACAAACAAGACGAGAUCCACGCGCUAGACGAGCAGAUUGGCAUCACAAUCCAAGAACUAGCAAACUCAAAGCUGAGAAGAGACUUCUUCACGCAAAUGAGCAGCGACCCGGCUGGGUUCAUCAACAGAUGGAUCGGAAGUCAAGCGCGGGACUUGGAAAUCGUGUUGGGCGAUCGGGAGUUCCAGAACGAAGAGGUCAGACGGGCGGAGUACUAUCAGAACGAGGACUUGAAGGAAAGUAUCUUUCUCUUGGUCAAUGGUCGAAAAUAGUCGUUUGUUGUUUGUACGUUAGUUUUGGUUUAGUGUGUUUUCCUGGUCUGCGUUAUGGUUAGACAGUGUAUGUUUAUAUAUGGUAGUGUAGCUUAAUUUAUCUGUCUUUAUUUCUUCUUUA